AGGAUAACGGCACCUUUCUCCUUCUUAUUUUUAUUCAGGGACUUUAUAGUUUUCGAAGGUGAUUCAGUUGAGAUGCAGACGCUGUAUAGUUACAUAUAGUUUUACACACAUAUACACACGCACAUCAUGAAUAUUAUCUACGGAAUUAGCUUGAGCAUAGCUCUUUUUAUCCUUUUAACAUCCGUCGUAGCGAGUGACAUCAUGCUUAGAAAAAGUAUAGUUUAUGACAAAAAGACGCCUGAUGUGUUUUAUUGUCCUCAACAUAAACCAACGGGAAAAGAUAAGAUGAUAGUAAAAGCCAGGCCACUAUCGAAACUUUGCGAAUUUGGAGAUAAACCAAUUCCUGAAGAUUAUAAAAGUGAUUGUUACAAUAAUGUUGAUGAGACUGAUUUUGCAUGCAAAGAAAAAUACAGAAUUAUGAUGAGACUCCAUCCUCCCGGAAGUGAUACGCCUUAUAAUGAAAAGCGUUUAAAAAAAUUUAAUACACCCGCAAAAGAAGAAAAAGAACAAAAGAAAAAUAUUUAAUUCUGUACAUUUUAUGAAUGUUAUAAUAUGAAAUUAAACAAAAAAAUUUUAUUUUAGUUGAUGACCUCUUGUGUAUAAUAAAUUUAAAAAAUAUAUAAUAUAUAUAUAAACCAAAUUAUGUAAAUUUAAAAACAAUUAUAUUAAUUUAUAAAAGAUUAUAAUAAAUAUUAAUAAUAAUUAUUGUUACUGUAAAAAGAAGUUGAAAUAGUAAAUAAAAAUAAAAAAAAAUUAAUAAAA